AUGUCUAAAUUAUAUAAGAAUGCAUCCCAAAGCAAUUUCUAUCAAUCCCAAACUGUUCCAAAAUUUAGAUCUCCAAAUCCUGUUGGUCCAUCAUUACCUAAGUACAAUGAUUGGUUAGGAUCUGAGGAAGGGAAUACUUUAUUAAAUGCACUCAAAAAAGAAAAUCAUGCCUUGAAGGAACAUGUAUCUAAAUCAAAAGUAUUCUUAGAAUAAAACAAUAGAAGGAUAUUUAAAAAAUGUGGUAAAGGUAUUUGAAUCAUUGAAUUUUGAAAAUUCUAACUUAAGAAAAGAAAUUGAAUAAAGAACUGAAGAUUUGCAACGGGUAAUUGAAUCUACAGCAACUAAUCAAACAUUAAAUGAGUAAGAUCUUAGACAUUAAAUAUAAUUGUAUGAAGAUGAACUUGGUGUACUUAAUUAACAUAUUAGCAAUAUUAAAGGAGGAGAUCAAUUGUAAAAGUCUAUUUUAGAAGAGAAGGAGAAUUAACUUAAAAAAUCAAAGGAAUUGAUUUAAAAAUUAGAGUCAAAUUUAAAUAGUAUGUAUUAGAAAGAGAAAGAUGUAUCAAAUGAGGCACAAACCAAAGACAUAAAAAUAAAAGAAUUAACUGAUAAAUAUAAUGAAUUGAAUAAAAAAUAGAAACCUUUAGAGGAAAAGGUUAGAUAAUUAAAUUAGCAAAAUGAUAAUUUGAUUUAAAAAGUAAAUUAAUUGGAGAGUGCAAAAAAGAAAUUAGAAGAGGAUGAAGAUACAAAAUUUAAAGAUUUAUAUACUCAAAAUUAUUCAUAAAAAACUGAUUUAGAACAUCUACGUCAUUUAUGUAAUCAAUAAGAAUUGUUAAUAAAAGAAUUAAGAUCAGAAUUAGGUUCUUUGAAAUAAGAAAAUUAUCCAUAAUAAAUAAUUAUAUUAAAAUAAGAGUUGAAUUCUAAUUAAUAAGAAUUAAUUUUAGAAUAAAAACGACAUAGUAAUGCAUAAUAGAGAGAGUAAUCUUAAAAUGAAAAACUUACAUCUAUUAAAUUACAAUUAGAUGGAUUAUAAACUAAAUAUAAUUUAUUAUUAUCAGAUUAUGAAAAUUUAAAAUUAGAAUAUGAUAAUGAUUUGGAGAAAUUGAAUUAAAAAUAAAAAUAAAUGAUUGAGAAAUAAAAGUUAGCAAAUUAAUAAUUGAUUUCUGAUCAUAAUUUAGAGAUAUCAAGAUUAGAAUUUAGGAUUAAGGAAUUAACAUUGUAAAUUGAAUUAUUAUAAAAAGAGAAUUAAUAAAAGGAUAAGUAAUUAUUAGAAAUGAAAUAAUUAUUAUUAGAUUUAGAAAACUUAAGGAGAGAAUUGAUUGAAUAAAAAACUAUUAUUGUAUAAAGAGAUCAUAAAAUUGAAAUAUUAACAUAAUAAUAUAAUGAAUAUUUGGAGAGUUCUAAAAAAAAAUAUUAAGAUUUGGAUGAUAGAUACAAUAAUUUAUAAGAAUUAUUUAGAAAAGAGUAAGAAAAAAAUGAUACUCUUUUUAAAUAAAAUGAAAAGAUGUAAUGGUAUAAAGAAUAAUUUGAUGAAAUGGAAGAAAAGAUAAGAAAUCUUAAAUUAGUAUAAGAAAAUUACAAAAUUGAAAUAAAUACUUAUUAAUCAAAAAUUUCAAGAUUAGAAAUUGAAAAUGAAGAAGUUAAAUAAUUACAUAAUACAAAUGAAUAAGAAAUAGUUUAAAUAUAAGCAUAUGCUAGAAAAUUAGAAAAAUAAAUUUAAGAGAUUGAAUUAUUAAAAUUAGAAAAUAAAACUUUGAGAGAAACUAAUUUUAGAGAAGCUAUUGCAUUUUAAACUACAACUUAAACUCAUAAUAGAAGAUCUACUACUUCAAAAUAGGAUGAAUAAGAUUCAGGAUCCAAAGAACCUACUAAUAUUUAAACAAGAGGAUUUAAUGUUACAUCUAAGUAUUUUUAUAUAUUAGAUUUUUUUUAGUAAAACUUUAACUACUUAACCUUCUCAUUAAUAAUUGAAAUAGUAAUUACAAAAAACAAGCAAUUAAAAUUCAAAUCAUCUUUUACAAACUUAUGAUGUUUAGAAUGAUUUGGAGUAUAGAAAUUAUCCAUAUAGAACAUAUUAUAAAAAUAAAUGA